CCCCGAAGAGACUGCGGGCUGGGCCGGGCGGGAAACGUUAGGCGAGCGGCCCCCGCGGCGCUGGUUCGAGCGGGCGGGGAGGGUCCGGAGGAGAGCACUGCCUGGAUGAGGAACAAAGCGGCGGGGCAGGCGCGCGCGCCCCUCCCACGGCCAGCAGGUUGGACAGCACCUUUCCCGAAGCUCCUGGAGGAAACGCCCCGGGUGUCCCCCGGCAUGUCCCCCCUCGCGACGGAGUGCGCGGCCGCCGGCUCUCAGGAGAAGUUGGGCGGCCCGGGGAGGCCCCGGGGACGAGUGGCCGCGUUUGUGCAGCGGUUGUAAGCAAGAUGCGGUAGCACGUGACCCUGGAACGUAAACCCUGAUGCCGGGUCCCUGGCCCCCGCUGUGCUCUUUUCUCUGACACUUGGCCCCAAGCAGAUGCAUCACAGGAUGAAUGAAAUGAACCUGAGUCCAGUGGGGAUGGAGCAGCUGACUUCAUCCUCUGUGAGCAAUGCCUUGCCAGUCUCAGGGAGUCACCUGGGGUUGGCUGCCUCCCCCACUCACAAUGCCAUCCCUGCCCCAGGCCUGCCAGUGGCGAUUCCAAACCUGGGUCCCUCCCUGAGCUCUCUGCCUUCUGCUUUGUCUCUGAUGCUUCCAAUGGGUAUUGGCGAUCGAGGGGUGAUGUGCGGGCUGCCUGAAAGAAACUACACCCUACCUCCACCACCGUACCCCCACCUGGAGAGCAGUUACUUCAGAACCAUUCUACCUGGCAUUUUAUCUUAUUUAGCCGACAGACCGCCUCCUCAGUACAUCCAUCCCAACUCUAUAAAUGUCGAUGGUAAUAUAGCAUUAUCUAUCGCCAAUAACCCUUCAGCACUGGAUCCCUAUCAGUCCAAUGGAAAUGUUGGAUUAGAACAAGGCAUUGUUUCAAUAGACUCUCGCUCGGUGAACACACAUGGUGCCCAAAGUCUUCAUCCCAGUGAUGGCCACGAAGUGGCCUUGGACACAGCAAUCACUAUGGAGAACGUGUCUAGGGUUACCAGCCCCAUCUCUACAGAUGGAAUGGCAGAAGAGCUUACAAUGGACGGUGUUGCAGGCGAGCAUGCUCAAAUCCCUAGUGGCUCCAGAAGUCAUGAACCUCUGUCUGUGGAUUCUGUGAGCAACAACCUUGCAGCAGACACUGUAGGACAUGGUGGUGUGAUACCCAUUCAUGGGAAUGGCCUGGAGCUCCCUGUGGUCAUGGAAACAGACCACAUUGCAAGUCGGGUCAACGGGAUGUCUGACAGUGCCCUCAGUGACUCCAUCCACACCGUGGCCAUGAGCACCAACUCUGUAAGCGUGGCACUCUCUACCUCACACAACCUCGCCUCCCUAGAAUCUGUUUCCCUCCAUGAAGUUGGCCUAAGCCUAGAACCUGUGGCUGUCUCCUCCAUCACCCAGGAGGUUGCUAUGGGGACAGGUCAUGUAGAUGUGUCUUCAGACAGUCUUUCUUUUGUACCACCUUCACUGCAAAUGGAAGACUCCAAUUCAAACAAGGAAAAUAUGGCAACCUUGUUUACAAUUUGGUGCACACUCUGUGACCGAGCCUACCCCUCAGACUGCCCUGAUCACGGACCGGUGACUUUUGUUCCUGACACUCCCAUAGAGAGCAGAGCAAGGCUUUCUCUCCCAAAGCAGCUGGUUCUCCGCCAGUCAAUCGUGGGAGCGGAAGUUGGUGGUGUCCUUCUACUGACAGGUGUGUGGACUGGUGAAACCAUUCCUGUGCGGACUUGCUUUGGGCCUCUCAUUGGCCAGCAGAGUCAUUCCAUGGAAGUAGCAGAAUGGACAGACAAGGCAGUUAACCAUAUCUGGAAGAUAUACCACAAUGGUGUCCUUGAAUUCUGCAUUGUUACAACUGAUGAAAAUGAAUGUAAUUGGAUGAUGUUUGUGCGCAAAGCCAGGAACCGGGAAGAGCAGAAUUUGGUGGCCUAUCCCCACGAUGGAAAAAUUUAUUUCUGCACCUCACAAGAUAUCCCUCCAGAAAAUGAACUGCUUUUUUAUUACAGCCGGGAUUAUGCUCAGCAGAUUGGUGUUCCUGAACACCCAGAUGUGCACCUCUGUAACUGUGGCAAGGAAUGCAAUUCCUACACAGAAUUCAAAGCCCACCUGACCAGCCACAUCCAUAACCAUCUUCCAAGCCAGGGCCACAGCAGCAGCCACGGGCCAGGCCACAGCAAAGAGAGGAAGUGGAAGUGCUCGAUGUGCCCCCAGGCUUUUAUCUCUCCUUCCAAACUUCAUGUCCACUUUAUGGGUCACAUGGGUAUGAAGCCCCACAAGUGUGAUUUCUGUAGCAAGGCUUUUAGUGAUCCCAGCAACCUGCGGACCCACCUCAAGAUACAUACAGGUCAGAAGAACUACAGGUGUACUUUGUGUGACAAGUCUUUCACCCAGAAGGCUCACCUGGAGUCGCACAUGGUUAUCCACACGGGUGAGAAGAAUCUCAAGUGUGAUUAUUGUGACAAGUUGUUUAUGCGGAGGCAGGACCUCAAGCAGCACGUGCUCAUCCAUACACAAGAACGCCAGAUCAAGUGUCCCAAGUGUGAUAAGCUGUUCUUGAGAACAAAUCAUUUAAAGAAACAUCUUAAUUCACACGAAGGAAAACGGGAUUAUGUGUGUGAAAAAUGUACAAAGGCUUAUUUAACCAAAUACCAUCUCACCCGCCACCUGAAAACCUGCAAAGGGCCCACCUCCAGUUCAUCAGCACAAGAGGAGGAAGAGGAGGAUGACUCAGAGGAGGAAGAACUAGCAGACUCGGUGGGGACAGAAGACUGUCGAAUGAACAGUGCUGUGUACUCAGCAGAUGAGUCUCUCUCGGCACAUAAAUAAGAUGCCAACUGUUUCUGGACAGAAAAUGCAAAGAGGAAAACACACAUAACAGCCAUGCACUACAGUGGUUUUUAUAGAAAAUGGUUUCUGGUUUCCUUCCAGCCAAUAGUCAAAACAGACUGAGUGGGAAUGGAGAAAGCACUUAUGGGAACAUCCUCAUGAAAACACGUUAAACAGGCAGGAAAAGAGAGCAUGCGUCCUGUUUUUGAGUGAUGUGUGGGGAAAAAAGUGUCAACUUUUGAGGUCUGUUCUUCAUUUACAUGGUCAUCUGUGUGCACAUUUAUGCCUGAGUCAAAGCUGCCCUCUGCCCAAACAAAGCAGAUUUAUUUUAAAUCAUUCCAUUAUUUCCUUUUCUUCUAAGUCCUGUGACUUAGUAAUGCUCUAAACUUGGUCCCAAUUGCUGAUUGUGGUUCUAGUGUUUUAUUUCAUGUGGACUGUUGUGACUUAUAUUCAUCCCAGAACAGACUGAAAUAUAGUGUAAGCUGCUUUGCAGCUAAUAAGUUUAAAGCGCCACCUGCCUUAAAUCUCUACUUGGGAAUUUAGGGUGAACCUUGCUUCCCAAAGUUUCAGCAGGUGCCUGGAGGGCAGAUGAUAAAACAGCCAGGCAGUGGGCCACAAUGGAGAGAAGAAAAGGGGAGAUGCCUGGGCCACUGUCCAAGAAACUAGCUUUGACAUAAGCCAGGGUGAGGCACCUACUUGUUCCUUGGUCUCCAGUAAAGCUUCCAGCCCCUAGACAAAGGGGACCUGGAGGUGGAGAGCCAAAUAACGCCUGCUGGACUGUCUCCUGACGACACGCACACGUGGACUCGGCUGGCAAAGUGGUACCUCGGCCCAUGGAAGGAAUGAUUCUUUAUAUCUGCCUUCACCUCUGGAAAGGAUCAAGACACCAUCAAAAUGUUGCCAACUCAGAUGUCAGAUGACUCCAGAUACAUUGGUGUAUUUGCAAUAUUAGUCCUACCCAGUUGUCUAUGAAGGACCAACCAAUUAAGUGUGGAUACCAAAGGAUUUGGAAAGUGGAAGGCUUCUUGAGGUCACCACAUGGGAGCGAUUUCAGGGUCCCAGCUUAGUUCCUGCAUCCAUCUGGUCUUUCCCCUGGUUUCACAGGCACACCCUCCUUUCAGCAAAAAUCAGACGUCCUUAAGUUGACGGUUGACAGAACACGCUCUCCUGCGCUGAGGCACAACCUCUGGGCUGGACUAGCAGGACUCUGGUGGGAAGGUUUUGCUGCUAAUGUAUUUAUAGAAUGAAUGUAUUUCAUUCAAAUCUGUAUUCCUCUAGGAAGGAUUAAAAUAAAAACUUUUUAAAAAUACAGGAUUCCUCUUGUCACGUCAUUUUGGGGAAGAAGGAGAAGAAUGCAUCUUUAGGAG